AUAGAAACAAAGGGCAUAAAUACAAAUAAGGUAAAAAUCUUUUAAAAUAAAAGCCCAAUUUUUAGGAAGUAUCUGCAGAAAUGCAGAGGGUUGUAAGUGUGGGCAAAGGAGAGAUUUUUGCAUAUUUAAGUGAAGCAAGAAAGGAUAGGAAAAACUAAUUAAAUACAGUCCCAACUUGGAGGAGGUCAGUUUUUCUUUAAACUCCUUCUCUGCCUGUUACUAUGUAUAGAGAGGGGAGCUUCCUUAGCAACAGCUUGACCUUUUAAAGGGGCAGCAGCUACAGUUAGCGAUGGCUCCUAAGAAAAAACCAGAGGCUAAGAAGAAAAAGAAGAAGAUAGAUAUCCAGACAGCUACUAAAGCCAUCGAGGAAGUCCUAACAGAGACUCGAGAGUUCUACCACAGGCAAAUCCAGGAGCUGGAGAAUCAACUUGAAAGGUACAGAAAGAAGUGGGAUGAGUUGUCCCAGCAGGAGAAAGCUUUCCAGGAGGAGUUCGACCAGCUGGCUCACAACAAAAAGGAGGUUGUUUCUUUCCUGAAACGAACUCUUAAUCAACGUGUGGAUGAGAUUGCUGAACUUAAUUCUCAGCUUCAGGGGCUGCAGAUCUCCAAAGAGAUGGAGAAGGAUGCCUUUGAGGCCCAGCUGGCCCAGGUACGCCAUGAAUUCCAGGAGACCAAAGACCAGCUCACCAUGGAGAAUAUCACGUUAGGGGCUAAGUUGGCUGCACUAGAGGAAUUCCAAUUCCAGAAAAGUGAUCUCUUGUCCAAGUUUUCCCUUUUGGAAGAGCAGCUGAAGAAGCAGCAAGAUGACUACAAGUCCUAUGUUUACCACAUGGAAAUGAAGGCUUUGACAGAUAAAGAGAGACUUCGGAAGGAUAUAAUCCAUCGUAUGAACAUGGUGGCGGCUGAGUUUCGCGAGGUUUCUAGCUCCCAAAUGGCAGAGACAACAAAAAGAGCUAUCCGGGAGAACAUGGUAGUGGCCCUGGAUCUGGCCAGAAUAAACACAGGAAACUUGGAGCAGGUAAAGGAGAAUGAUGCUCUGAAAGAGUCUAAGGUGGAGAUGUGCAACAAGUUGGCCCUUAUGGAGAGAAAUGAGAAGACCAUGAUGAAGAACAGCCUCACUCACAUCAAGAUAAUUCAACUUCUUUCUGAAAAGUACCAGCAGCAGCAGCAUGCAGAAAUUGAAGCUGACCAGCUUCGAAUAAUAUUGAAUCAGGCAGAAAUUGCUUUUCAGAAGAUGGAGGAAGACAACAAGGAGCUAAAGAACAGGAUAAAGAUCUUGAAGAGGCAAUUGAGUAGCCAGAAUUCAGAGGAGAAGAUUCUGCUAAGGGAGUUGGAAAAGGAGAGGGAUAAUCGGCAAAGUCUAGAGGUUUUGCUGACCAAAGUCACUUGCCACCUUCAGGACUUGCUAAAGGCACGCCCUGAGAAAACUGAGGCUGGCGAGGUAGACCUGUUAUUCCAGUUAGGGAAGAAGGAGAUGCUGCGGCAGCUGCUGACUAUGCUGAACAAGGCUGUGGCUAUGGAGCCCAGUAUCCCUGAGUUCGUGCCUCCCCCAAUUAAGUCUCCCUCUCUUCAGUCCCUCCUGACAAGUAUUGAGGAGAGUUCUCAGGAGCCUGAGCCCUCCCCUCUGUUGGAGCAACUGGCCGAGAUUCAGCCUUACAGACUUGGGGACUUGGGCCUGGUGCCCCGUCCACCCUCCGUUGCAGAGGAUAGCCAAAGUACUGAAACAUUCAAAAAACAUAGGCUUGUUAAAGCCUUCAGCAACCCUGAGAUUCCAAGCCCUCGAAUAUUGAGCGGGGUCAAGCAGGUCAGCUUGCCAGCAUUCCACCUGAACCCCAAUUGGGAGGGACAGCAGGAAUAGUUUCCCUUUCUCCAUUCCUUGGCCCUCAGCUCUAGCAAAGGGGGAAGUAAAAGAAGAAAUGCAUGAAGAAGAAAUGCAGGCUUGAAUUUGGUGGACUCAUCUUUAUUUCCUGGGCAAGGGUGGGAGAGAAGGUAAAUGUUUUAUAAAAUGGUUAUUACACAGAAAUGGAAGAGAAUCCAUGCUGGUGACUGAGCCCUCCCCUCCUCUGCUAUUGAAUCCGUGCUCCUUAAAAUAGAAGCCCUGGUGCCUGCCCUAUGGUAUGGUGUCAGAGAGAACCCUCCCAAGGUAAGACUGCUUCAUGAGUCACCCCUCCACCAACCCCAUCCUAGUGGGUCAACCCUGAGAGGCUGAUGAGGCCAAAUAUGGUUUCUCGGGCCAAAAAAGUGAAAGGAACACUUCAGGAAAUUCUGGCAGAGUAGAAAGAGUUUAGAGAAACCUUCCACGAGGGAGUGAAGAACAGAACUGAGUACUUCUUAGAAUGUUGGCAGUGCCAACCAGGAAGAGUCAGGCCAUGCUAGACGGAUCCAAGCAAGAAAAAAUCCCUUUGUAGAAUACUUCCCCACUACAAAUGUCGAGCCUAAGAGAGAGUUCCUUUCUUUCAGCCCCUUAUCUCAAGACUGAGUCCUCCACAGGGAGGUGCUCUCUAGGUAAAGGUGCAGUAUCCAGAAACGUCAGGACAGGUCUCUGGGAGAACAAAGAAGAGCAGAUGCCUGAGUUGAAUCAACUGAUGAAGGACUAUGACUCUGCUGUGAUUCCUUUCCAAGCAAAUCUAGAAAAACUGAGUGUUUGACAUCAGAGAGUACAUGAGAAAGGGGGAGGAGAGGUGCCUUAUACUCCACCUUCCCUGGAACUGCCCCACCCAGUCCACAAGUAUUUGUUCAGUGCCUCCUGUGGGCCAAACACUGGGGUACAAGGAUGGAGAAAUCUCUCCUCACAAGAACUUCCAUUCUAAAGGAUGGUGUUGCCAAGAAACCGUACACCGGCUGGCUUCUCCCAACAUCAUCACGAGGUAGGGGAAGAGAGAGUUAUUGGUGGCAAAAGUGAGGUCCACUUUGGGAGAGGGCUCCAAGCCGGCCACUUAGGGAAGGAAGGUGGAGCUCCAGGAGGGGCGCUGCCUCUCAGGGUGGGGGAGGGACCUUGGAUCCUUCCCCUAAUGUCUUCUCUGACUUCCUAGAUAGUUUUUGCUUUGGGGUUACUUGCCCAUUCUACAAGGCAUCCCUAAUGGAUGGAUGUGCUUGGCCCUAGCUCAUACAUCUUGUCUUCUCAAAGAGACAGAAGGGCUAAGGAGAAUGAAGGUAACAGAGAGCUCAGGUGAAAUUUUGCCCUUUACCAUUCAUAUCCCAUCUCCCAUACUGAAAGCCCUGCACUCUGUGCCCCUUUGUCUGGGACCUUUCCUUGGGGCUGGGGAAGACAGUAGCUCCCCUUCCCCAGCAGGACAAGGAGCCUCUCCCACUUCCUGUGCCCGCACCAGCCUGGGCUGCAGCAUACCCAUCUAUGAGCUGUGGUAGGGUUUGAGGAACUGCCUCAGCUGGGCCUUCCUCAGGUGCGCAGAAGCCCCAUCGGUGCAGCCUUGGUGCUGCUGCUUCCCCGGGAAUCCCACUUGCAGGCAGUGUGAUGCGGCAGAACACUGGAUUUUGAGUUGGCAGAUCUGGGUUCAGAACCUACAUAAGACAAACCAGUUCUUUAAGCCUCCAUUUCCUCAUGUAUUACCUGAGGGACACCUGAGGCUUCUCCUAGCUCUAAAUCGACCACCCAAUGAUGCUGCUUAAUGUUCAAUUGCCAGGCAGCUGGAAACACACCACCCAUCAUACCCUGUGGCUGCCUGGAGUUGUCGGGGCUGCUGCUCUGACACUCAGAACAACACUGGCCACAGGGAAUCAGGGCUGCGAGAAAUCUUCAUACAAGCGCCUUGAAAGCCACCUCAGGCUGGGUCAAGAGCUUAACAUUCACUGUCUCAUUUCAGUUCCAUAUCUAGAGGCAGCUGGGUAGCUUUGGAGGUAGGAAGACUUGAAUUCAAGUCCUGCCUCAGACACUUCCUAUAUCUGAUUCUGGGCAAGUCACUUCACCUCAGUCUGCCUCAGUUUCCUCAUCUGUAAAUUGGGGAUAAUAAUAGUCUCUACCUCCCAGGAUGUUUGUGAGGAUCAGAUGAAAUCAUAUUUGUAAAGCACAUUAUAAACUUUAAAGCACAAUAUAAAUGCUAGCUAUUCCUAUUUUGGGGUGCCACUAAGUGGCUUGCCAGGUCUGAAGUCAGGAAGACCUGAGAUUACAUUAGACAUUUACUAGUUUGUGACCCUGGGCAAGUCACUUAAUCCUCUUUGCUUCAGUUUCCUAAUCUGUAAAAUAAGUUAAAGAAGGAAAUGGUAAACCACUAAAACCCCAAAAUGGGGUCAUGAAAAGAGUCAGGUAUGACUGAAUAACUACUAUUAUUAUGUCUUCAAGGACUGGGGGAAAGGGGGGCAUGCAACACAUACAUAAAUGAGUAAAUAAAAAGUAAUUUCUAGAGGGAAGAUGGGGGGAAGUGAUGCAUUAAUCAAUGAGGGAUUCAAGAAAGAUCUCUUAUUGAAAGGGGCACCUGAACUGAAAGGAGCUAAAAAUUCCAAGAGGCAGAGAUGAGCAGGGAAGGCAUUCCUAGGCACAGAGAAUGGAGUGGUCAAAAACCCAGAGCUGAGAGAUGGACCAUCAUGCACAAAAAAACCCAAGUAAAUCAGUUUGACUGAAACAUGGUGGAAAAUGUGCUUUCAGCCUCCAAAGUGCUGAAACCAGACUGUGAAGGAUUCCAAAUGCUCAGUGGAAUCUUACUUUUUUAAAGCAGGAGGAAGCCAGGAGCUUCUUGAACAAGGGAAUGAGUCCUGUUUUAGGAUUGCUGGUUUGGCAAAUCUAUGGAACCUGGGUCAUGAAGACAAAAGCACAGGAAGACCCAGCAGGAGUCUGUUGCCAAUAGUCAAAUGAGUAAUGAUAAAGGCCUGAUCCUCAGUGACCUUAGAAUGUGGAUAGGAAUUAUUAUUCCUAUCAUGGUAGUAUGUUGUCAAUCAAUAAACAUUCAUUAUUGAGUCCCAGGAGUGCUCAUGUGGUUUACCAAGUUGGGUCUAGCACUCAAGACUCCCAACUCUCAGUUCAGGCACCUUACCCUAGCAUGCUGAAAGAACUUUAUCUGUAAAAUGAGUUGAAGAAAACAGCAAACCACUCCAGAAUCUCUGCCAAGAAAACCCCAAUGGGGCCACAAGACACAAUUACUAUUAUUAUGAUUAUGUCUUCAAGAACCUUACAAUUUACUGGGUGAUGGAGGCAUAUGAUACUUACAUAAAUGAGGAAUGGAGGUUCCUACCUGUUGUCCCUCAGGAAUUUCUGUACCCAGAUCUUUCCCUGCUCCUUUCCCAAACACUUUGGGUGCCAUUUAAGGGUUAGUUUUGCUCCUUUAAAGUUCUUUCAUCCUUAUCAAAAAGUCAUUCCUAUUAUUGUUUUAUAAGAAAUAAUCAGCAGGAUGAUUUCAGAGAGGCCUAGAGAGAUUUACAUGAACUGAUACUAAAUGUAAUGAGGAGAACCAGAAGAUCAUUAUACACGGCAACAUCAAUAUUAUACAAUGAUCAAUUCUGAUGGAUGUGGCUCUUUUCAACAAUGAGGUGAUUCAGACCAGUUCCCAUGUACUUGUGAUGGAAAGAGCCAUAUGUACCCAAGGAGAGUUCUGUGGGGACUGAGUGUGGAUUACAACAUAGCAUUUUCACUUUGUUGUUGGCUUGCAUUUUCUUUCUCAUUUUUUUCCUUUUUGAUCUGAUUUUUCUUGUGCAGCAUGAUAAUUGUAGAAAUGUGUGCACUUAUUUAACACAGAUUACUUGCCGUUUAGGGGAGGGGAUGGGGGGAAUGGA